AUGAGCAAAGAGAGUAAGGAGAAGAGAGACAAGAAAGGAGGCGGGGCAGCCGGAACAAACCAGCAACAACAAGCCCCUCCUACCUCGUCGUCGUCGUCGUCGUCAUCGUCGUCUUCGUCAUCGUCGUCGUCGUCGUCGAGUUCGGUGUCUCCGUCUCACGGCUCGUCGGCGCCCGGCUCGAACAGCAACGGCGUCGGCGGCAACGUGUCGGCCAACAACGUCAAUAUCAACAACAACCUGCAGCAGCUGCAGCAGUCGGAGAACAGUCCGACCACGCCGGCCGCCUCUUCGGGCCCGCCGCUGGCCCUCCAGCAGCCGGCCACGCCCACGUCGUCGUCGAGCACCUCGUCGGCCGUGUCCAAUUCUUCAUGCCCCGAUUCCUCCCCGCCGCCCCUGCAGGCCGACCCGUCUGGCGGCGGGGUACCCGUCAAUCACAAGGAAGACUCUGGUCUCCAGCAACAACAGCAACAGCAACAACAACAACAGGGCGUGUCUUUAGUGAGCAAUGGUGAGAACAAUUCGAGUGACUUGUUGUUGACGCCAGGUGACGUUGUAAACAAUCAUCAACACUCGCCGUCGUCGUCAGUGGUCGGUGGGGCGUCGGGGCCGCCCUUGGCGUCGUCGCCGCAACAGCAACAACAUGGUGGGGGUGGCAUUGGCAAUCAUUUGACUAGCAACGGACCGCCGACUCCGUCUUCAGGUGGUAACGGUGCCGGUUCGAAUCUGCUCGACCUGAAAGGACCCAACAGCAACACGAUGGUCAACGCCAACGGGUCGCUCCUGCCCUCCGGCAUGGAGAGCUUCCUCAACGAUCCCGGACAGGACGCGUUUCAUUUUUCGCCCAUCGAGUCGGUGAAAUCCGGUGGCGGGGAGAUGAUGGGCGGAUCGGGUGCCGAUGGCUCUGGCGGACCGGACGGAGGCAUGUUCGUCAAUCAGCUGUUGAAAAUGGAAGACGGCCUCAGCGGAGCUGAUUUCGGCCAUCUGUCAGAUCCGUGCCAAGGAAACCCGAUGGGCAUGGGAAUGGGCAUGCCCGGCAACGUGAUGAUGGGUGGCGGACCGAUGAUGGGCAACCCCAUGGGCGGCCCGAUGAGCGGACAGAUGGGUGGACCCAUGGGUGGACCUAUGGCGGGACCCAUGUCCGGCAUGGGUGGACCCGUGGACGGCGGCAUGGUGGGCCAAUCGCCCCAGCAGCAGCAACAGCAGCUGUUUCCGCCGCAACAGCAGCAGCAGCAGCCCAUCAAACAGCAGCCGGGCAACAGUACGAUGGAGGCGCAGUACAUGCAACAACAGUCGCAGAUCUUCGUCUUCAGUACCAGCCUGGCCAACAAGGCGGCCGAGGCCGUCCAUCAGGGCCAGUUCCAGACGAUCAUUGCCUUCCACUGUUCCCAACCCGGAACGAAAAAGAUUCUAGAGAAAUAUCCGCCCAAGAAUCCCAACAAUCGGAAUCCGCCCAACUGGAUGCAGCAGCAGCAGAUGCAACAACAACAGCAGCAGCAAAUGCAGCAGAAGCCCAAACAGAUGCAACCGCAUCAGUCGGCCGGGCCCAAUCCUUACUGCCAGUCGAACAUGCCCAUGAAAGGCAUUGGCGGGCAUUUCGGGACGGGUCCCGGGCCAGGACCGGGCCCUGGGAUGAGUCCCAAUCCCGGCAUGGGCGGUGGAGGAGGACCUGGCGGCAUGAGCGGGCCGGCUGAUUUCAAUCAAAUGGGCGGACCCAACUCGAUGGGCGGAUGGAAUCCCGCAAAUGAACCGAUGAUGUCGAACAUGUCGAUGCCCAUGUCGAUGCCCGGUCAGGGCAUGAUGCGCGGGCCACCAGGAUCUCAGCAAGGCAACAUGGGGCCGUACGGUCAGAUGGGCAAUGCGGCCGGAGGUCCAGGCGGGCCUGGCGGUUUAAUGCAGCAGCAACAACAACAGCAGCAGCAACAACAACAGUGUUGCCCGACAGGACCCGGCGGGCCGAACCAUCCGACGGGGAUGGUGCCCUGCGGUCCGGCUAGCGGUGGUGGCCCCGUUCCUUGCUCGUCGGCCGGUCCGAUGAUGGGAAACCCCGGCGGUCCCAUGUGCCCUACCAAAGGUGGGCCCGGCUCGAUGGACGGAUCCAUGGGCCCGAUGGGCGGGCCAGGAUCGGCAGGAGCCAUGAUGGCCGGCAUUCCGGCUGGAAGUCCGAUGGGCAUGGGAGGACCGCCAGGUCCAGGAGGACCCAUGGGCAUGGGCAACGGCGGCGGCCGUCCCGGCGGACCCAUGAUGUCCCAGUCGAUGCAAGCCGGAAACAUGAACAUGCCUCCAGGAGUGAAAAUACCGGACGAGAACUUGACACCUCAACAGCGACAGCACCGAGAGGAACAGCUGGCCACCAUCAGGAAGAUGCAGCAGUUGCUCUUCCCUGAAAAUGCUGGACCCGACGGCGGAAUUGCCGGUGGAAUGAUGGGCCCCGGAUCGAGCGGCAGUCCGUGCCCGACAGGCCCCGGCAAUCAGCAACCGGGCAUGAUGGGCCCCAUGAGCGGCGGUGGACCUGGCGGUCCGCCCGGAAAUCAAGGCGGCAUGAUGAUGAUGGGCCAGCAACAGCAACAACCACCUCACGGCAUGAUGCCCGGCGGACCCGGUCAGAUGAUGAUGGCCGGCGGGCCCAACCCGAUGAUGCAGCAGCAACAACAGCCGCAGCAGCAACAACAACAACCUCCACCUCCUCCGCCACAGCAGACGACGUCGUCCAAACCGCCGGCCAAGAAGAAACGAGGCGGUGCGGCGGCGGCGGCAGCUGCGGCCGCUGCAGCCGCAGCCGCGGCCAAUAACGCGGCCGGAGGAGGAGGUCCAGCACCGGGUGGAAACGGUGGGCCUUCGGGACCUAUGGGCAUGGGUGGCGGCCCGAUGGGUGGGCCACCCAUGGGCGGAAUGAUGCCUAUGAAUAUGCCUCCCGGGAUGGGCAUGCCCGGCCAUCCUCACAUGCACGGCGGACCCAUGCACCCGCAGCAGCAGCAGCAGCAGCAGCAGCAACAACAACAACAAGGUGGGCCGAUGGGACCCGGAGGAGGAAUGGGUCCCGGCUCGAUGGGAAUGCAGAUGGGCAUGGGUGGACCGAUGGGGCCCAUGGGCGGACCAAUGGGCGGCCAGAUGGGCGGCCCGAUGGGAAAUCAAAUGGGAGGACCCAUGGGCGGCGGUCAAAUGGGCGGCCCCAUGGGCAACCAGAUGGGAGGACCCAUGGGCGGAGGCCCAAUGGGUGGACCGAUGAUGAGCGGCCCGAUGAUGAACCAGCACAACAUGGGUCCAAUGGGGCCGAUGGGACCUAUGGGCCCGAUGGGUCCAAUGGGUGGACAUAUGGGCGGCCCUAACAUGAUGCCCAUGAAUAUGCAACCGGGCGGACCUGGAUCUGGUCCUAGUCCGGGCCCUCGAUUACCUCAAGGCGGUCCAGGCAAUAUGAGAAUGCAAGGCCCUCCUCCUCCUUACCACCAAACGCAGCGAUCGGCCAGUGUGCCCGGUUCGAUGACGAGUCCCGGUCCUGGUCCGGGCUCACCGAGCGGCACCGUCGGCCUAUCGAUGCCUUCACCUCGAGCCGCAUCAGGUCUCAAUUCUCCGGCUGACGGCCAACGAGGCGGUUACCAACAGCAACAACAACAGCGGAUACCGUCUGGGCCCAGCCCGUCUUCCUCCAAUCACUUGAACACUCCGCUGGAUUCUCCCAACCCCAACAACAACGGCGGAGGAGGAGGCGGAGGAGGAGGUCGAUCGAUGAACCCCAGUAAUCCCGGUACGCCUUUAGCUGGACCAGGACCACCUCACGUCUCGCCCGGCAUGGGUAACCUCAUCUCUGCUGGACAACCUCAGCCUGAUGGCGUGUCGUUUGGGCGUCAGUUGCAGUCAUUCGCCCAGCAGAAGCAACAACAUGGCGGCCCGCAGCCGAAUAAGCAGCAGCAACAGCAGAACGAGCCCAAUUUAAUGCCCGUUCCGUCGCCGCAGCAAAUCCAGUACCUGAAUGCGUUCGAGGCCCAGGAGCUGACGAUACAAAAGCAGCCAAACACCAGCUUACGGGACACGGACAUUCUCUCGCCUUCGCUUCAAUCUGGGAAUAUGGACGGCAGCGGAUUAGGCUCCUGUCCGGACUCCCAGGGCAAUAACAAUCAAGGCCAGGGCCACAAUCGAGGCAUGUCCGGCCCCAAUACCCCGCUCACGCCGUCUUCCAACGCCAACGAUUCGCUACCGCCUCGCUAUCCAGGCCACAACAACUCUUCUUCGGGUGGUGGUGGUGGAGCCGGCCCUCAAACGCCGCACACGCCCAAUCCUACCAACCCGUUUACCGUGCCCAGUCCCAGUCCGGCAGGCAGUAAUAACCAGUGUCAACAGCAGAGCUCCAAUCAAAACAACAUGGCCGGACCGCACACACCACUCGCUCCGACGGAGAAGGCCCGCUACCCUGGCCCGUCUCCCGGACAGCAGCAACCGCAACAGCAACAAGGCCCCAGGACGCCCGUCAGUACGAGUAUGGAUGGAAGUUCUGGUGGCAUGCCGAGAACGCCAGGCAGCAUCAACAUGGACAUGAUGGGCGGUGGAGGAGGAGGAGGAGGCGGAGGAGGAGGAGGAGGAGGCAAUGGCAAUCGCUAUCCGGGCUCCAGUCCGCAGAUGCCGGGAGGUCCGGCCAGCGUCGGUGCCCCCGGAUUCAACCAGAAUUCAGGAGGUCCCAUGAUGACUGGCCAAGGGCCGGCUUCUUAUCCGACUGGCCCUGGCGGCCCCGGAAUGAAGAUGCCUUCAUCGCCCUUCCCGGACUUGUCAUCGCCGAGGAUGGGCGGAGGUGGAGGAGGAGGUGGCGUUGGCGGUGGUGGAAUGGGCGACAUGAAUUCCAGUGGCAAUUACCCAGGAGCGCCGUCUGACAUGCCGUUGAAUCCGGGCGGAACACCCAACAACGCCAUGGGGCCGUCGCCGAUCUCGUCGGGGCCGGCCAACAACAAGAUGUCGACUCCGUUCGAUCCCAUCUCGUCGAUGGCACAAAUGUCGCAACAACUGACGAGCCAAGUUGGGCCAGGACCGCCCAUGUCUUCGACGCCUCCGCCUUCCAUGAUGAUGAUGGGCGGACCCAACGGAAUGAUGGGACCCGGUGGCAUGAUGGGCGGCAUGGGACCAGGUGGAAUGGGCGGACCCGGCGGACAAAUGAUGGGCCAGUUUAACCCGUCGAUGCACGGCAUGCAGGGCAUGCCUCAACAAAUGGGCGAUCCCAACUCGAUGAUGAUGGGACCUGGAAAUGGUGGACCAGGCGGACCAUCCGGACCCGGAAUGAACAUGCACGGCGGCUACGGACCUGGACAUAACAUGGGCGGCCCUGGUGGUCAAAUGAUGGGACCCGGAGAUCCGUCUAAAGGUGGAAUGAUGAUGGGAGGACCUCCGAGACCGUCGAUAUCACCAGCCGGACCUUUCCCCGGCCCUGGGAUGCAAGGAAUGCAACAACAGCCAGGACCUAAUGGGCCGAUGGGCCCAAUGUCUGGCGGAAUGCCCAGAAUGAUGGGUCCGGGCGGCAGAGCUCCCGGCCCGUCGAGUGGUGGCCCUUUCAACGGAGCCAACGUUCAAGUGAAAGCAAGUGCGCCCAACACGAUCCAGUACCUACCGGCCAGGCCGCAGACGACGGCGCCCAGUCCGAGAGGUCCGCCCAGUUUGGAGUUUCUACAACGAUUCACUGGACCCAUGUCCGGCAACAUGGACGGUGGUGGCGGCGGCGGCGGUGGCAAACCGGGGCCGGGCGGAGGUCAGAAUCAGAUGUUUUUCAACAGCGGCGGAGGCGGUCCAGGCGGACCUCAUUCCGGUAUGGGAGGAAUGCCCAUGAAUAUGGGCGGACCAAACGGACCUGGAAUGGGCCAGCAACCCGGGAUGGGAGGACCGAUGGGCAACAUGAAUAUGGGCGGAAUGGGCCCUGGUGGACCCAUGAACGGCCCUGGAAACGGAGGACCUGGACCCAACGGCCCCGGCAACAUGAUGAACAACCCCAACAACAUGGGCGGCCCGAUGGGUGGAGCUGGUGGAAUGAACGGACCCGGCGGGCCAGGUGGCGGAGGCGGCGGUGUCAUGAGUCCAGGCAACGGCGGAAUGAACGGCCCUUCAGGCGGUGGACCGAUGGGAAUGCAGCAACAAAUGGGCGGCAUGGGAAUGAACAACGGCCCGAUGAUGGGCGGACCGCAAGGGCCGAUGCAAAUGCAAAGGCAUCCAGGACCUGGACCGAUGGGCAUGAGGCCUCAACAGCAACAACAAAUGCAGUACGGAGGUCCGCCGGGCAACCCGAUGGGCAACGAUCAAGGCGGAAUGUACAUGGGCCCUGGUGGCAAUCCCAACAUGGGAGGAGGAAUGGGCGGACCGAUGGGAGGUCCAGGCAACAACCCGAUGAUGAUGGGCGGCGGAGGAGGACCCAAUCCCAACAUGUACAACCCUUCGUCCGGCGGAGGUGGUGGCGGCGGUGGUGGUGGUGGCAAACCGUCAUCCGGUCCGGGAGGCGAUCCCAAUCAAGGCCCGCAGGGCGGAGGUGGAGGAGGAGGCGGUCCAGGCGGUUUCAAGUCUUCUCCCUUUAUGGGCCCGACGACAAACGAUCCCAACUAUGCACAACAGUUCCAUAAUUUCCAGCAGCAGUUGUACGCCACGAAUACGCGGAGUCAGAUGAGCAACAACCAACAGCAACAACAGCAACAGGCCAUGGGAGCUGCCGGCCAGCCGGGCAACUUUUUCGGUCACAAGUGAAGCUGAAAAAAAAAAGUUAAAAGCAAUAAAAAGAAGAGGAAAAAGAAAAAAAAAAAAAGACAAAUGAUGUGUGUGUGAUAGUGAAUGCGAGAGUGUGUGUGUGUGUGCGUGUGUGUGGUGAGAAAUAUCGAGUGCAUGGAUUUUUUUUCAACUGUGGAACUUUUUUUUGACAGAAGACACGGAAGAAAAAAAUAAGCGGCCGGCCAGGUGCUCAAUUGGCUCUUGGCACAAGGUUGCACAUCAUGGCUGGACUCUCUCCGGUUUUUAAGAGAAACAAAAAAAAUAAAAGGAAUCCUUGCAUUUUUUUUUUUUUUCUUUCUUUUUCUUUUGGCUUUUGAACUUCUUCUCCCCACCUUCCUUUAAAAAAAAAACUCCUGUUGUGUACAGUGUUAUCACGUGACUUCUCGUCCACCUUUCGUUCCACCCCAACAUUCAAAAGACGAAACAGAGCGAGCCUGAGAGCCAUCUACCCGCCGACCAAACAACUAAAUCAAGAUUAAAAAAAAAACAAUCAUCGAUCAAGAUCAAGUAAAAAAAAAAAAAAGAAUUAUAACUAUACUUUUAGAUCUUUCUCUUCUUUUUUGUUGCCAUUUUCUUUUCGCGACCCCAUGGUGAAAAUCAUCUGAUGAUUCUACCUCAACGUGAUUUUCGGGGGAGAAAAAAACAACAAAACGAUUCAAUCUUUUUCACUCUACUGUCUCUCUGAGCUCGUCUGUUUCGUAUGUCCAAGAUUUGCAAAAAAAAAAAAAAACAACAACACAACAACGCUCUAUUCUGUAAAAGCCGUUGAGAUGUGCUGCGUUUAAUUAUUCUAAUUUUUUUUUUCACUCCGUCUCUUUUGCAUGGCUAAGAACAAUAAAAAAAAAAACAAUUAUCAAUGACAACUAUAUUGUGUUUUGCGAAUGGAUUGCUUUUGUAUUCUGCUCCUGUUUUUUUUUUUUUGUUGGUUUAUUUUUUUUUUUCUGUGGUCUCUUGGAAAAUGUUUCACUGUCGAAUGACUCGCGUCGUGUAUGUCUCUCCAUUGAUUUCGUUACGUGUCAUAUACAAUAAAUGCGGCUGGAUUAGAAUUUAAACAAAAAAUAAAAUCAUUAAAAAAAAAUAAACAAAAAAAAAAACAGAAAAAAAAAGUUGAGAAAAAAAAGGCCCAACUGUAAUACUGAUGAUGACUCUAAAUUGUACUCUUUUUGUGUGUAUGUGUGUGAGCGAGCACACGAGCGAGCCUGUGAAUAUAUUUUGAGCUCGCUUUGUCUCUCUAUAUCUCCUCUGAUCACAAACGUUAUAAUAAUAAUAAUAAUAAUAUCCUAAAACUUGUUGACAUUGCCCACGUUGCGUAUAGGCUACGUGCUGUGUAUUCAUCCGUCAUUGAUUUUGAACGUGUUUUUUUUGGUUGUUUUAUUCCUGCAAUUUUUUUUUCUCUGUAUUUUUGGUUUUUCUCCGUCUAUCUACAUCUUUGUGCUGCAAACGUGUUUUUUUUUCACUCCCUCUGUCCUCGGCAAAACAAUACAUUGUACAUAGUGGUUUUUAUGAUA